UAUCCAUUCAGAACAUACCUGUGCCCUCACACACACAUACCUGUGCUUUUCAAUAGGGGAACGGGAGAUUUAUUAGUGUAUUAAAAGUGUAUUAAUUUUUAAUCAUAAUUAACGUAACGAUGAUUUACGCGAUACUUACGACUCUAACGUUACUUUGCGUCACAUUUACGGCAAUUAGUGGACAGCACUCCAGACGUUAUUUUGAGAAACAACAGCCAAAGUCACAGGACCUACAGGAGGGCCCGUAUUUCUACGACGUUGAAGCCAUAAAUGAAAGACGUACAGAAUUCGGUAUCCAUCCCAUGAUAUUAGGCCGUCGAUCGCUACGCCAAAUGUCCGGUGAAGAGAUGUCUGACCAGGAACUGUACCCCUUGUUUGAGGCAGCUAAAUGGGCACCCAGUCACUUUAACACACAGGAAUGGCGUUUUGUGUACGCUAAACGCAACACAAAACACUGGAAAAAGUACCUUGCACUUUUGUCGCCCGGUAACCAGGAGUGGGCUAAGGACGCCGCGGCGCUGGUAGUAAUGGUGAGCAACCGGUUCAGCACAUAUAAGGGCAAGAAGUCGUUCGUGAGAUCCCAUUCCUUCGAUGCCGGCGCCGCUUGGAUGGCACUGGCACUGGAGGCGGCCUCCCGGGGGUAUGUCGUGCACGCUAUGGCCGGCUUUGACUACCCAAAGGCCGCCCGCGCUAUACGUAUGCCUAAUAACGGCGAGUAUUCCGUGGAAGUGAUGGUCGCCAUAGGGAAGCGCCAGCAGUAUAGGGGACGGACGGGUGAGAAGACAUCCGAUAGGAAAUCCAUCGACGAGUUUGUGGCGGAGGGCUACUUUAGUCCCAGAUUUUGAUCAGGGCAAUUUUUGCAAGGGUUAACUAUGUUUGUGGUUAUAGUAUAGGGACUUAUUUAGUGUAUUAUUUAUAAGUUAGAAAUAGUAUUUGUAGCAUGCUAUUUUUGUAAAGUAUUCUUUUUGGUAGAAAAAUAAAGUGGCA